UAGUCGAUGUAUUUUAAUAUUUUAUUCUGAUAUAGCCUAAUCUCGGUCUAUUUGAAUUCUUUUAUCUAUAUUACCGGGGCAUCUGAAAAACCGUCUCUAAUAAUAUUAAUGUAAUUUAUCUCUGUUUAAUAUUUUUUUCUCUAAAUAGUGCAGUGCUUGUGUGUAUGAGUUCAUUCUGCUAUUGGAUUAGUGCAUCAAAUAUUAAUUAAACAUAAACAUGGCAUGGAAAAUUUGUACUGAUGUUGUUCAAAUCUCCGAAUGAUACUUCAUACGAAUCAACCGAUUUACUCUACAACCCCUUGACGAACUACACCCAAAAUGAACUGAUGGAAAAGUUCAACCUGGCAUUUUACGAGGCCCAAUCCGUUUCCAAAGGCGACAUGAUCGACACAAUCAACAACUUCACCCAGAACGAAACCAUCGAUCAUAAAUCCAACUUACUAACAAACGAAGAUGACGAAGAAUGCUGCGAUGACUAUUUGAUCGACUAUUUGAUAUCGGAAGAUUCGACAGCUAGCCCGACCAAUUGUGACAUCAAUUUCGACUUCAACGACUUCGUACAUGAGUUUGAAAACGUCAGAGAAUCGUUUUCUGAGUCUACUACUACGACGGAGUUCGAUACUGAAACCUACACCACGGAAAAUUCAACGGAAAUCAACGAGUACUGUCCGAAAUCAUCCCAGUUUUCGAAUUUCUUCGUUCCACCACCGAUUUCAAGCAAAUUUUGUUAUGAAAAUAACGCUGAAUCGUCACCAAAAGCACUGAAUGGAUUUGAUGACAUCGAUUUAUGCGAAGGGCUGUCAAAUGCGUCGAUUGAUAUUGCUGAUUGGUCGGAAAUUCGGGAUUUGGAUGAGGGAGAACAACAUUUUGCUAAUCCUCUGCCACCUGUUGGGACAAUUACGAAGAAUAACUUUGAUUUCAAUUGUUAUGUUCGAAGUAUACCGGUUGGCGAUAUGGGUUAUCUUAAACAGGAUUUGAACAACAAAAGUGAAUAUGGGCAUUUGAUCGGAUCGUCUGUGUCAAAAAACACCGAAUUCAUCCAAGAUGGCGACCAAAGGGAACAAAAAUUUAGCCAAUCGGAACAAAAUCAAAUGAUCCUCACUCAGACAGAUGCCCUUUUAAACGAUGAUCCCUUACUAAGUUCCAGCAAUACAUUUUACGUCGGCCAGAACAACAUAUUACAAGUAGAUUACGGUUAUGAAGAAAAAGAAAUAUUUGAAGAAGUUCCAAGCAGUCUACAAUGUAAGUGGGAGAAAUGCUACCAAUUCUACGACAGUCAGAGCACUCUUGUGACACAUAUAGAGAAAUGUCAUGUCGAGAUCAAAAGAGGUGAUGAAUUUACAUGUUUUUGGGAACAUUGUCCUAGACAAACCAAACCGUUCAAUGCCAGAUAUAAGUUGCUGAUUCACAUGAGAGUUCAUAGUGGGGAAAAGCCUAACAAGUGUCCGUUUAAAGGAUGCAACAAGGCUUUUUCGCGACUGGAGAAUUUGAAAAUCCACCAAAGAAGCCAUACAGGCGAGCGACCCUACUUAUGUCAGUUCAAUGGUUGCACAAAAUGCUUUUCUAACAGUUCAGACAGGGCAAAACAUCAAAGAACACAUUUUGACACUAAACCUUACGCAUGUCAAGUCACGGGAUGUUUAAAAAAAUACACCGACCCAAGUAGUCUGAGAAAACACGUAAAAAAUCACUCUCUAGAGGAACAAAUGCAAAUCAAACGAAAAUCGCCAGAAGGCUGUAUCAACACCAACAAUAAUUUUGUCAAAAAAUUCCUGGAUCCUAGUCGUCAAAAAGCCAUCAAAAUUAAACCACAAUUAGCGUACAGUACAGUUGUUGAUCACAACUAUUCAACUCAUUCUUUGUCGCCCAACGUGAAGCAAGAUUUGAAGAACAAAAUUGAGAAGAAUAAAAUGAGAAGAAUAUUAUUCUAAAGCCAGAAUUAAAAGAAAUUUGAUAGAAAAUGAUGCUAAAUAUACAAUUUUGUUGAAAGGAAAGUGUAUAUGGAUAAGAAAAUAGGGACCAAUUUAUAUGUGAUAAAUGUAGAUUUAAUUAUUAUGUAAAUAUUUUUUUAAUAAAUUACAUUUUUUUUA